AUGAUAGCAAGCUUGAAGCAAAUAAUUAACGAGCUUAAAACUGAAAUUCAUGACAAAACAAACUACAUUGAUAGAUUGAAACAGGAUAAACAAACUCUAUUAGAAGAGGCAGAAUCUUCAGAAGAUCCGAGAGAAGAUCAACUAGUUCAAGAAAAUAAUGACAUUAAACAAAAACUGGCUCAGUUGACACAACAAUCAUUAAAGCAGAACACCAACGCAUCAAAGAACUUAGCUUCUCCAUCAACUCAAACUUCUACUAAGAAAAAUCCUCUUUCAAGAUAA